ACAAUUUAAGUACUACUUAACAGCUACAGCACUGGGAGAUUGGAGAAGACUUGCCAUGGGAGUGAACACUUGAGCAUUUGGGUGAUUUGCUUAUUCCCCUGGGGUGCUGUCUCUUGAGACAGCUGAGGUCCCGACUUCCCAGGAGGAUCCCUCCGCCUGUGCAGCCUCUGAGACGGGCUCCCGUCUUGGAUGAAACUUUUUCAGUUUUAAAUCCAGUCAGAAGGGGUUUUUUUGACUGGGGAUAAUUUCUUCCGGAUAAGGAAGAAACGUGAGAUUUCCCACACAGCUUUGUUGUGUUUGUUGGAGACUGGAAUUCGUCAGAAUUGUCUGUGAAAGAAGGUCUUCCAGCAGCUCGGACGGAGCUAGGAUUUCUAGCUAGCUCAGCUGAAUAAGUGAGCCGUUUUUUUUCUUCAAAGAAAAACGGUCUAACAGGCAAGCAUUCUCCUGUCUACGCUCAUUAUUUUGUUAUCUAUACAGCUAAAGAGAUUUGUCAAAGAACCAGCAAUUAAGAAAACCUGGAAUGACAAUUAAGAAGAUCAUGGAUGUACAAGAAGGGACUUUAUCUUUAGAUAUGUUUCAGAAAAUAAUGAAUGGGAUUAAGUCAAUAAAACAAGAACUGAGAAAUAAUAGUCAAGCGUUGAGAAUUGAAUUUGACGAAAUGAGACAGGAGCUGAAAGAAAUUCAGGAUUCUAUGAGAAAGGAGAAUAAAGAUAGAUCUGGAAAACCAAAAAAGGAUGAAAGAAAAAUUAAAGGCAAGGUUCAAACUGUGGAGAUUGGAUUAAAUAUGGACCUGGAAAAAGAUUUGGAUUUCCUGGCUGUGAUGGAUCCUGGAGACAAAUAUUACGGUUUGGAACUCAGCGCUGUCCCUGAAGGAAUUGAUGAAGAGAUUGGAGAUAAAGAUAUUAUUGGUUCGAAAAAAUUCCUGGACUGGAAGGAUUUGAUGGAACUUGAAAUGGAGAAAGUUAACAGAAUUAAUCCCUGUUUUGUGUCAAUGGAAAAAUCUUCAAGAGAUGUGCUAGUGUAUUCUGUAAAAAAGAGGAACAGAGAUGCGGCUUUGCAACAAUACUUCAGUGAUACGUUCGGAAUUGAUGGCAAGGAAAUAUCUGUGAUAAAGGAAAUUCCUAUCAGACUCUUAUUAUAUGACUAUGACAGCAAGAUUAUUGGGUGCGUAAAGAUGGAAGAUGGAAGAUGGAACCAACAAGGAUAAUGGAAGAAGAGCGAUUUGAAAUUACUGGACUUAGUAGACUUGAUGAGUUGGAUUAAUUGACAUGUUUAUCUAGAAAAAAAAUUGAUGGACAUAUAUCUCAAGGAUUGGAAACUUCUCUUUGACUUUUUGUGGAAGAAUAAAAUGAUAUGAUGUUAAUGAGAUUUGAUACCAAUUAAGAUAACCGCUGGAG